UUAAUCAACUUGUCUGGGACAUAAAAGCUAAAACACACAAGUGAACAACAUCUUGUAAUAAAAAAAGUUAAAUCCACAAGAACAUCCAUUACAAGAAAUCGUGCAAACACAAUCUUGUCUUAAAGUCACUGCGAAUUGUCUAAAGCCCCUAACGAAUCCCAAUUCCGAGUUUUUAGGAGUAAAAUGGCGGAUACGCCUUCGAGUCCAGCCGGAGACGGCGGAGAAAGCGGCAGCGGAUCGGUUAGGGAGCAGGACAGGUACCUUCCGAUAGCUAAUAUAAGCAGGAUCAUGAAGAAGGCGUUGCCUCCCAACGGCAAGAUCGGGAAAGAUGCUAAAGACACUGUUCAGGAAUGUGUCUCUGAGUUCAUCAGCUUCAUCACCAGCGAGGCAAGUGAUAAGUGCCAGAAGGAGAAGAGGAAAACUGUGAAUGGUGAGGAUUUGUUGUGGGCAAUGGCAACGUUGGGGUUUGAGGAUUACCUUGAACCCUUGAAGGUAUACCUUGCGAGGUACAGGGAGUUGGAGGUAAAUAAAAUCCCAUAUGCAACUUUUUUUAUUUAUCCCUUCAAGAGAAGUUCCGUUUCAGAGUUGCACAUUGGUGUGUUACAUACACAUCUUGUUGUGAAAUUAUGACAGGGGGAUAAUAAGGGGUCAGGGAAGAGCGGUGAUGGAUCUAAUAGAGAUGCAGCUGCUGGAGGUGUUUCCAAUGAAGAUAUGCCGAGCUGGUGAAAAAAGUUGCAAGUAAGCUCCCUAGAGAUAAAGAACAACUCCAAAAUGAUCAGGGAAACUUAGAGAUCAGUGUGGUGUUUGACAAUAAAGUUAGAGAUCCGGUUUUAGUUGGUUGUAGUUGAAGAUUUCUCUUAUUAGAUAUGACAACUCUUUGAAAGAAGGAAAAAAAGUUUGUCCACAAGCUCUCUCAUCUCUUAGCUUCGUUUAUGGAUUUCAAAACUUGAAUAUGAAUGGACUCACUUGUGCUUCCAAGUAAGCAAGAGGAGGUUGUAACUUACAUUGUCCUCAUUAACUUCACGUAGAAUGUCGUUUAAAUGAAA